GCUUUGUGGCUUUGAGAACACAUUCAAAAUUAUUAGCUAAAAUUUCACGUAAAUUUUCUUUCUAUGCCAACAAACUCCUCUUCGGAAGAAUGAUCAAUGAGCUAUCCGCUCCUAAGCUUAAGCUUCUAUUCAUCAAUGUAUUUUUGAUUUUGCACAGUGCCACUUAUUUGAAUGUAUACCGCCUAUAUGCAGACUUGAAAAAUGUAAAAGCUGGCGUGGAUGGCUCCAAUGAGGAGAUUUGGAUAAGGGAGAUCUUCAUAUUCCUAAUCAGUGUUCUCAUAGUGAUUCGCUUUUGUCUAUGCUUCGUAGGACUGGCUGCUAACAUUGUGGCCAUAUACCCAAUUCUAACAAAUUCGCAAGCUGAGAUGCUUACGCCUACCAUCAUAGUGCAGGCCAUUGACAAUGUAAUCCUAAAUCUCUACGAGAUCAUUUUGGGCUACGGCAGCUUGUGCUAUCUCUAUCCGGAAAGUACAGCUGUUUUUAUCUUUUUCGUCAUGAAGAUGGGAGUGAAGAUUGUCUGUAGCAUCUCCGUACUGAAUAUUUAUUCGGACCAGCACAAUCACUUGGCAAGUCUGGUUUCCUUCAACGAGGAAUCGCAUAGCCUGGGUCCAGACAGUGUAAAUGAAAUUGAAUUGGCCAACCAAAACCUGGAUUUUUCCUAACUAAUUAUAUAUUUAUUUUAAAAUAUAACAAUCUUGCAUUGUAAUGUUUAAGCUAUAA